AUGUCAGCAACGUAUUUACCGACGUUAGUGUUGGAUAACGAACAGCAUUUAUUCAUUCGUCUGUUCAAAAAUAACGAUCAAACUCGUAAACAUUUACUACCUUUUCGAAUAUUCAGCGGUUCAUUACAUUACUUUCGUGUUCUACCACAAUCAUGGCCCGAUCGUAUCAAAAAAAUGAAGGCGGCAGGUCUAAAUACAAUUGAAACCUAUGUUCCAUGGAAUUUACAUGAACCCCAGCAAGGCAAUUAUCAAUUUGGCGAAGGUCUCACCGAUUUAACCAGUUUUCUCAAGUUAAUUCAUGAAAAUGAAAUGUUUGCUAUUGUUCGACCCUCAGGUUACAUUUGUGCCGAAUGGGAAUGGGGUGGCUUACCGAGUUGGUUACUUCGCGAUGAGACGAUGCGUGUUCGCAGUAGUCAUCAAGGUUUUCUUCAAGCUCUACGAAAUUAUUAUUCGCGGUUGUUACCGCUCCUUGCCGAGCAUCAAUACAAUCGGCAUGGGGCAGGAUCGAUCAUUGCAUUUCAAAUUGAAAAUGAAUAUGGUAGUUAUGGCAAUGAUAAAACCUAUCUAAAAGCCAUUCGUUCGAUGUACAUCAAAUAUGGUCUUGACGAAAUUCUAUUGACAUCGGACGGACCGAAGUUAUUGGCUGCUGGCAGUUUGGACAAUGUUUGGGCAACGGUCAAUUUUCAACGAGAACCAAAAAGAAACCUCGAAUAUUUACGUCGUUUUCGGCCGAAACAUCAUACAAUGAUAACUGAAUAUUGGACGGGUUGGUUCGAUUAUUGGGGCGGAAAGCAUCAGACAGGCUCCAGAAUGCCAUAUGAUGCAAAGGCGUUUGAAGCCGAUCUCGAAGAAAUUCUUCUGACGUCGAAAGAAGAAGUUUCCAUCAAUUUCUACAUGUUUUUCGGCGGUACGAAUUUCGGUUUUACUUCCGGUGCUCAUCAUUUUCCAUCCAGUCAGUAUAAGCCUCUUGUGACAUCGUACGAUUACGAUGCGCCAUUAAACGAAGCCGGUGAUCCAGCACCGAAAUAUCAUGCCAUUCGACGUGUCCUUGACAAAUUCUAUUCAAAAAAUCCGAAUUUCUAUGUCUUAAAUAAUGAUCGAUUGCAUCAAAAUGAAUACAGUCUUCCAACAAUUCCACCUGCAUCAACGAAAAUCAGUUAUGGUACUGUUCAAAUAAGUGGCUAUAAAACAUUCGAACAGAUCCUUGCUGAUGACUUACUGACAGUAACUACGACACUAACUAAUGGUUCGAAAAGUAUGGAACAAUUACCAAUUAAUUAUAAAUCCGGUGCCUCGCAAGGCUUUAUCCUCUAUACCGCCAAAGAUAUUCUGUCGCUAAGCAAAGGUCUAGCAUGUCAAGUGAACGUGACAGCCGUGGCUGAUAACGCUCUCGUUCUUGUUAAUGGCCAAGUGAUAUUUCAAUCGUUACCAAGUGUCAAUCGGUUUCAAUUUAAUCUACCUGCCAAAGCUGAAAACUUAUCGAUUCUCGUCGAAAAUAUGGGUCGUAUCAAUUUCGGUCCGAUGCUCGAUCAUAGUCGAAAGGGUCUGCUCGGUAAAGUUCUACUUGAUGACAAGAUCGAAAUUAAUGAGUGGAUCGUACAUGUUUUGGAAUUUCGCAAAGGCACAACGAAUAAGAACGGUUGGAGCUCGAUGCUAACUGAACAUAAGACGAACAAUGUUCUUCUUAAUGGCCCUCGUCUCUUCUUUGCUUCGUUUUCCAUCGAUGAUCAACAAUCUAUUGGCGAUACUUAUCUGAAGUUGAAUUCCAACUGGUCGAAAGGUGUAGCAUUUUGUAAUGGCUUCAAUCUGGGUCGUUACUGGAAUAUUGGUCCGCAGCAAACACUCUAUAUACCGGCUCAAUUACUUAUUAAAGGUUUAAAUCAAAUUCAACUCUUCGAACUGUAUACAUAUGGUCGUAAUUUCUCUCUAGUUGAUACACCUAUGAUCGAUCAGCAAUAG